GCAUAAUAAUUCAAAAUCAAACGAAGGGGAAGAUUUAAAAGCUUCAAAAUAUUUAUAGUGUUCGGGAAAGCCGAACUAAGUCACUACACAGUGCAGGGAAGCUAAUACGAAGCAGGAGUUCGAUUACCUCAUUAAUACGAAACUAGGGUUGCCCACGGCGUUGCUGCCACCACUAUUUCACUUUUUUUUUACUUUUAUUAAUAUCAAUGGGGAGGAGUAACAACCAGUUGAGGGCCACCGCGAAGGCAAAGAACAAGGUUUUCAUACCCAAGCAGGUUAAAAGUAAGGCUCGCAAUCAGUAUCGGAAAAUGAAGAUAAUGAAAAGUAAGAAGGGCAACGCCUUCAUGCACAAGAAGCUUUCAUACAACAUGGUGCGUGAUAAGGAUGGAAAGGUGACCAAGCGCAAAUUUCGUGCAACUGGAGGCAAUAAAAGCGGUGCGUUUAAUAAGGCUUCUGCGACUAAGGGGAAAUCUAAGGGUAAGUAGAAACCCAAUCAAAUUCAACAUGUGUGCAGGUAUUGCACCCCAUGCACAAUUGUAUAAUUAGAAUUAAUCAUCGUAAUCGGCGCUACUUCGAUGCGACGUGCAGAAAA